AUGCUCGCCCUCGUCCAUCCUCUGCCCCGAAAACCGCCAAUACAACAACAUCGCCAUCACUAUCAAGAGUCUUCAUCUGCCCAAAAGACCGCUUCAGGUUCUUCCACUGUGGCCUGUAACUCGCACCCAGCUCGGCCAAAUGCCGUGCAGCCACCAUACUCGACUAAUCAGCAGCCUACAUACGCUGCCACAAAGAAAGCCCCUUGCGAUAAACAACCUCAAGCGCCACCACCUACCACACAACCCGUCGACAUCCAUUCAUACGUUCAGACUGAUCUUCUUAAACUCCUUGCUUCCUUGCUCACCCAAAUCGCAUCUACUAACGAUGCACUGGCAUCAACGGACCCCGCAGAUACGCUCUCCACAUUCUCACACCCCACUCCUCCGGAAGAUUCCACUCGUGCCUCAAUAUGGCGCUCACUCACCUCCGCAUCGCAUGCAGCGCUCGCCAACCCUGCUUCCGCACUUACCUUCCACGCCCGCAACAUCCCCACGAUCACCCUCGAGGCCUACCUUCUCCGCAUCCUCCGAUACUGUCCGACGACGAACGAGGUGUUCCUCGCUCUAUUAGUAUACUUCGAUAGGAUGUCCCGGUUGGCCCAAGAGACAACUGGUAGAACAUUCGUGAUCGACUCGUACAACGUGCAUAGGCUUGUUAUCGCAGGGGUCACCGUCGCCAGUAAAUUCUUUAGCGACGUAUUUUACACCAAUUCCAGAUAUGCCAAGGUUGGGGGUCUUCCUCAGGCAGAGCUUAACCAACUCGAACUCCAAUUUCUCCUCCUCAACGACUUCCGUCUUGUCAUAUCCCCAGAAGAGAUGCAGAAGUAUGCAGAACAACUUAUUCUUUUCUCCCAUUCCCAACAACAACAACCUCCGCCUCCUGUUCCGUCAUCCUCAUCGUCAUCAUCAGCGACCCCCCACCCUCGCAUAUCCCCACGCUUGCAUUCAUCCACGUAUUCCUCUUCUGGGCCGGCACGCGCAAUGGGGGCCAUAGACGCUUAUGGAGGUACUGUAGCGCCCGACCGAACGCCCAGCAUGCGUCCCGCACAUGCUCCAUCUGUACAUGGUUACGCUCCUUCCAGUUCCCAUCACCAUUACCCAACGAACAGCUCUAGGGACGAUGAUGCCAGCAGCAUCGUAAGCACUGAUACCGAGACAACGGAGACAGAGGGCGGAGAUACAACGGACGAUGAGCCGACAAUUAGACCACCGAAUUCUGCGAGUUCAUGCUGUGGCGAUGCUCUCGAGGAUCAGGAAGGUGUCCGGGAAGGCGAGUGUAAUGGAAGCCGAGGCGAAGGGAAAGACGGAUCGGUGGAAAGAUUGGCUGAUAAGGGUAUAGGCCGUCGUGCGGACGUAGAGGGCGAUGGUGACAGAGGGGAUGCCACACCCGAGCUAAGAGCGCAAAGAAGGGUUCGCGAAAUUAGCGAGGAUAUUGGGAUGGGAAGCCCCUAG